GAUAAUGGCUCUGCUUCUUCUGUUACUUUUUUAAAGUUUUAUCCACAAAGGCAAGCAGAGAGAGUGAGUGUCUCAAUAUAUCGGAUGGGCAACUCUAGUUCUGGGACGUAGGUGUGGCCAAUGCCUGUUGCUACUUCUUCAACAAUGCACUGUAUUUCUUCGCUCUCUCCAUCACCAUCUCACUCUUUAUUUUUAUUUACUUCUUCAUCUUCUUAUGUUCCGAUGAGACGUCGAGGGCUCACGACCAAAUCUCCUCACAAACACGAUCUCAAGCGCCUCACCUCUCGCGUCGUCCAACUUACUCGCCGUAGACAGCUUCGUCAGAUAUUGGAGGAGGUAGAGAUAGCCAAACAACGAUAUGGGCAGCUGAACACCAUAAUCAUGAACGCAGUCUUGGAGGCAUGCGUCCAUUGCGGUGAUAUUGAUUCUGCGCUUAAGGUUUUCGACGAAAUGAUAAAGCCACAUGGAUGUGGCGUUGAUACUAUCACGUAUGGUACCUUGUUGAAGGGUUUGGGGAAGGCACGAAGAAUUGAUGAAGCAUUUCAGUUGCUUGAGUCUGUGGAACGAGGAACUGCUGUUGGUAGUCCUAAGUUGUCAUUACCUCUUAUCUAUGGAUUGCUAAAUGCUCUAGUUGAAGCAGGAGAUUUACGCCGUGCUUAUGGGCUUCUUGCACAAUAUGGGUUUUUUCUCCGUGAGCGUGGUAGCCUUUCAAUCGCAGUGUAUAACUUGAUAAUGAAGGGAUAUAUAAGCACGGGAUUUCCUCAGCGUGCAAUAGGCAUGCAUAAUGAAAUGUUGCGUCUAGGAUCAAAACCUGAUAGGCUAACCUAUAAUACUCUCAUCUCUGCGUGUGUUGAGAGCAAAAAGUUGGACAUGGCAAUGAAGUUCUUCGAGGAAAUGAAGGACAAAGCCCAGGUAUUUGGCCAAAGUGAUCUUUUCCCAGAUAUUGUCACAUACACUACAUUACUUAAGGGUCUUGGCAAAUCAAAAGACUUUAUAUCAGUUCAGAAGAUUGUAUUGGAAAUGAAAACAUAUCUUGGCUUGUUUAUAGAUCGGACAGCAUACACUGCAAUUGUUGAUGCGUUGCUAAAUUGUGGAUCAGCAAAAGGUGCUUUAUGCAUCUUUGGAGAAAUAAUAAAGCAGGCUGGGAAUCCAGAUUUGCGACCCAAACCUCACCUGUAUGUUUCUAUGAUGCGUGCUUUUGCUGGUAGCGGAGACUUUGAUAUUGUGGAAACUCUGCAUAAACGAAUGUGGCCGGAUACUGCUGGAACUAUUUACCCAGCAGUUCAGGCAGAAGCUGAUCAUCUUCUCAUGGAAGCAGCUUUAAAUGAUGGUCAGGUAGAUCUAGCUAUAGAUUUGCUUUCAAAUAUCAUUAUAAAAUGGAAUGGAAUAUCAUGGGCAAGUAGAGGUGGCAUGGUUGCUCUACGCAUAGAAGCUUUGUUGGGAUUCACCAAAUCAAUGUUGACUCCUUAUCUACUUCCUCAGCUAUUUCCAGGAGACCCAAUUGAAAGUAUCAUGAUGCCAUUCGAAGCAACUAGGCCACUUCACGGAACCGUAAGGUUGGAGAAAGUGAUUAUGCGUUUCUUUCGGGAUCCAGUUGUGCCAAUCAUAGACGACUGGGGUGGCUGCAUAGGACUAUUGCACCGUGAAGAUUGCACAGAGUUGCAAGCCCAACUUUCGACAAUGAUGAGAAGGCCACCUCCUUAUGUUACCACAACCAAAUCUAUUGCCUAUGUUGUUGAUCUAAUCAUAGAGAAGAGGUAUCCAAUUAUUAUUGUGGUAAAUCCCAAUGAAUUGGAUGGUACUGCUGGUUACAACUCCAGUUUAAAGGCUGUUGGUGUUUUCACUUCUGCUCAAUUACGCAACUUUCUUACAAUUCAAUCUAAGUUGCAAUCACGAACAUCAUCUCUCUGUAAAAUCUAAAUGCAAAAAUAGAUUGAUUGCAGCCAAAAACUAUUGUAAUUAAAUUUUUGUUCUUUUUUUUUUUUUGGUGAAACUAUUGUCUUUAAAUGGUUACAGAUGCACUAUUAUUGUUCUUUCUGUUUUUUCAGUUUCUUUUGGAAGCCUUUUUAGUGUCAAAUAGCUACUUCGUGUUCAUUUGGGUGAAUGAUAUGUUUCUUUAUGUCAGCUCAACUCUUAAGAAAAAGAACAUCUAAUUUUAUUGAAGUUUUAAGAAAAUAAAAAAAAAAAAAAAAUCAUUACUUUUUAUGCAUAAUAAAACAUUAACAUAUAAUUUUGACAUAUAAUUCAAGAUUACCCAUAAAAAGCACAAGAUGCAGAUUACUGUUAGAACAGCUCAGUGAAAAAACCACACGUACAAAACUUAAUUUUUGUCAACUUAUAAGCAUUCCUAUAUGCGAAAAAGUCGAAGAAAAAGAAAAAUAGAAGAAAACUUUUUGUUUACAAUUUAUUGAAACUCAAUAUUAAACCAAAAAUAAAAAGAACAAACUAACAAAAUAUUUCCUGCAACACAAAAUCAAAACAAGGCACUCAGAAUGAAAAGGACUAAUUUUUUGGGUAAGAAUUUCAUUGAUCUUUGAAUCUCAACAAACAUUUCCUCACAGUGCCGGUGUUAUUUAGAAAACAGUUCAUCAAAAAUGCCAACGAGGAAAAAAAAAAAAAAAAAAAAAAACCAUAAGAUUAGUAAACACGAAAAUAAAUAAAUAAACUAAUAAUAGUGGUCACGAAGAUUAAUAUUUCGGAUAAAUAAACAAUUAAGCCGUUUUUGGAAUCAUCCUCAACCGAUCCCCAAAUUUACUUUAAACCAUAUUCCUAAUCUUACAACCUUAAACCAGAAAGAAAACACACAACUUUAGAAGAUGAGAAAAAACAGAAAAAUAAAAUAAAAUUAUAUGAAUAAUCAUCAGAAGCAUUUGGAUUAUUUACAUCACAGUUUGAAUCUCAGACGACCGUCGUGAGAAAAAAUUAAAUCCAUACUCAUCAUUUGAUUUCACUGAAAUUUCAUUAAAAAAAAAAACAAAAAAAACAUACACAGACAGAGAGAUGAGAACAAUGGAGGCUCGCGAAGAAGAUGGUUAGCUUGGUUUCAUGCUCUUCUUAAGCCUACCUUUAUAUACUGAAAUUUUAUUAUAAUCCAACGGCUGUGAUGAUAUACCUAGUAAUAUUACUGACGCUGGGAUUUGCGCGGUAAAGUUGGCACCCCUGUUUGGCUACUUGGUUAUCCGAACUCCAGUGUUUGUCUUUUUCUUCCCCAUGUGCCAACUAAUCUCAUCCCUGUUCCUAUCAAGGAUAUUGCAUAAAUUAAAUUAUUUUAAUUAUUAUUAUUAAAUUUUUUUUCGCUAAAUUAUUAUUAUUAUUAUUUAUAAAUGGUAUUAUUUUUAUAUUGACUGAAAAAAAAAAAUAUAUAUAUAUAUAUAUUAUAAUUUCAAUUGCGCGCAGUCUUUUAUCAAAAUUCAAAGGAAAAAAAAAUUGAUAUUUUCUUUAAAAUAAAAUAAAUUGAAUUAACCCUAUUCGAGCAACUAUAUACAUCGUUUAUAGCAUAGAGGAGCUGAACAGUAACUGAACCAACCGUGCGGAUUCUCGAUGGGGAAGAAGAAAAUGAUGAACGGGUCACUAUUAGUGUAAUUUGAAGAAAAUUGGAAACAGAUUUGAGCUUGGCUGUUUCUUUCAUAUCACUAAUCUAGAAAUCAAAGCUAUAAAACCCUGGCUAGCUGAGCUACAGAGAGAGAGAGAGAGAGAGAGA